CCUAGAGCACAGCAGUGUGUGGAGCCUCUCAAGUUAGCUCAGCAUGGUGGAGUUCGCACCCCUAUUGUUGCCAUGGGAGCGCAGGCUACAGACCUUCGCGGUCCUUCAGUGGGUCUUCUCUUUCCUGGCCUUGGCCCAGAUCUGUAUCGCCAUCUUCAUCGGCCUCCUAUUCACAAGGUUCUGGCUCUUGUCUGUCCUAUAUGCCACCUGGUGGUACCUGGAUUGGGACACGCCGCGGCGAGGAGGCCGGCCCAUCCAAUUCUUCAGACGCUGGGCCAUCUGGAAUUACAUGAAGGAUUACUUCCCUGCCUCUUUGGUUAAGACGGCUGAGCUGGACCCUUCCCGGAACUACAUUGCGGCCUUCCACCCCCACGGAGUCCUGGCGGCUGGAGCCUUUCUCAAUCUGUGCACUGAAAGCACUGGCUUUACCACGCUCUUCCCAGGCAUCCGCCCUUACCUGAUGAUGCUGACUUUGUGGUUCCGAGCCCCCUUCUUCCGGGAUUACAUCAUGUCCGGGGGGCUGGUCACAUCAGAAAAAGUGAGUGCUGGUCACAUUCUGAACAGGAAGGGCGGCGGGAACUUGCUAGCCAUUAUCGUUGGUGGUGCCAAGGAGGCACUGGACGCCAGGCCGGGAGCCUAUAGGCUGCUGCUGCAGAACCGCAAGGGCUUCGUCAGGCUCGCCCUGACACACGGGGCAGCUCUUGUGCCUGUCUUCUCCUUUGGGGAGAACAACCUGUUUAACCAAGUUGAGAAUGCCUCUGGCACCUGGCUACGCUGCAUCCAGAACCGGCUACAGAAGAUCAUGGGCAUCUCCCUCCCUCUCUUCCACGGCCGAGGUGUCUUCCAGUACAGCUUUGGCCUCAUGCCCUUCCGCCAGCCCAUCACUACCAUAGUGGGGAAGCCCAUCGAGGUACAGAUGACACCACAGCCCUCAGAGGAGGAGGUGGACCGACUUCACCAGCUUUAUAUCAAGGAGUUAUGUAAGCUCUUUGAGGAACACAAACCCAAGUUCAAUGUCCCCGCUGACCAGCAUCUGGAGUUCUGCUAAGUGUCUCGGCCAGAGGACAGCUGCAUCUGAGAGCCUGCAGGAGUGCUGCCAUUAGAGGGGACUUCCGGGCUGAGUGCACUUCCACAGUCACCCUGGACCCGUACAAACCCAGCCCCGGCUGGCAAGGUGGAAGAGGAGGCAGCCUCUAGCCCCGAGAUUUGCACCUGCAGCUAAUGCCCUGAGCUCUCCCUGUCCUUGAC